GGCGAGCAACGGCGGCGGCAUUGCGAGUUUGCGACGCAACUUCGUCGUCGUCCUCUCCUAGCUGAAAAACACAGGCAGAGGUAGCUAGCCGGAGGAUGGGGCGUGGCCGGGGAGUGAGCUACGGCGGCGGGCAGAGCUCGCUGAACUACCUCUUCGGCGGCGGAGGCGGCGGCGACGAGGCCCCCGCGGCGCGCGCCAGGCCGCCGCCGCCGGCCGCGGCGGAGCAGAGGGCGGCCACGGCACAGCCGACGGCGGCGGCGGUGGGCACCGACAAUGAGAAGCUGAAGGGCAUCCCGGCCGGCGUCCGGGGCAGCCAGACCAACAACUACUUCCGGGCGCAGGGCCAGAACUGCGGCAACUUCCUCACGGACCGCCCGUCGACUAAGGUGCACGCGGCGCCCGGCGGCGGCUCGUCGCUCGACUACCUCUUCGGCGGCAAGUGAUGGUCGCCUGGGCGCCUGGCUUCCCGGAUCAGGCUUGGAAGCCGAGCUGAGCUCGCUUAGAACGCCGCCGCCGCCGCCUACUGCGCAUGCUUGGAGUUCAGUAGCUUAUCAUCAAUUCAUCAUAACCUGCUUCCUUUACGGUUACUUUCCUGAAAAAGGAUUGUUCAUGUUUAACUCUGUGAUCUCCUCUCGAAAAAAAAAAAGAAACUCUGUCAUCUCCAUUGGUGUCUGUCUCAUCACUCUUCAGUACAACAGCUAUUGGCGUUUGUGUCAUCAGUCCUCUUGUGUGAACUCAGCUACUUGUGUGAAUUUCAAAAUCUGACUUUGUCCUGUAAUCACUCAUCAGUAACAAGCCUUCCCUGUUCUUGGGCUGUUCAUCAGAUUUGUAUCCGAGUGUUCUUAGUACUUAAAUUACUAAUGAUCCAGCUUC